AAAAAACCAAAUUUUUAGUCCGAAGAAUGGCAACAACAAAACUAAUGUCAAAUAAAAAUACCAUCUUGUUUUCAUUGUCGAGCCGCUGGGAUUUAUCUUAUUAAUAAAAAAUGAAUAAUUCGCAACUUAACGUAACAUGUUCACCAGGAACUUUCAUGCGGAUUCAAAAAGAUCAAGUCUACCGGCAACAGUUAGCUUCCCAAGUGCUAGAAAAUCGGGAAGAUUACAAUGAAGUAAUCUUCUCAACGCAGCUAAUGGGAGAAGUUCAUGAGGCUCAGAGUGGAGUAUGUACAGAAGAGGCUCAAAAUCCGGUAGAGGCACUGGAAAUGCAAAGCUCACAACGAAGUGAGGAGGAACUUCCAUCCGAGGGAAUGUUCGGCUCCGCAGAGAAGCAAGCAUGGGUUGAAGCCCCAGUAAAAUUAAUGCUUGCGCUUAUUGAGGAGCUGCGGCCCAAGGUGGGGAAAAGCGCAUCCGUGAAAAACAAGACAAAAAUUUGGAAAAUUAUCACUGAGCGUAUGGCAGCGGAAGGGUAUAACUUCUCAACAGCGCAGAUUGAGAACAAAUUUCGGACUAUGGAGCGCAAUUUCAAGAGGACGAAUCUGCACAACAAGCAAACCGGCAGAAAUAGGCAGACGUGUCCAUACCAGAAUGAAUUGGAGAAAGUGCUUGGAGAGCAAAGAGGAAUAAAUCCCGAUUUCGUGCUGGACAACGAGGAGCUUGAAGGGAUUGCGCGAAAUGCAGGCCCACCACCAGAAAGCAGUUCUGAUGUGGAUCCAUCUACGAAUGAUGAUGUUCCAAGUUGUGCUCCUAAGCGAAGGAAAGUUGCAUCCAAUGAGCGGACGUACCAAAAAUUGGAGGAAAUGGCAAGGGAAAGAAAGGAGUACCAUUCCAAGGUUUUGGUGCUGUUGGAAAAAAAGGAACAGAGAGCACAACGGAAGGAGGAGAUGGCACAGAGGAAGGAAGAGAUGGCGCAAAAGAAGUUGGAGUUGCUAGAGGCUCUUGUCAAGCAAAAUAAGCCUUAAUUCUAAACCUAU